AUGUCACGGCUAAUUGUGAAGAAUAUCCCAAAUUUAAUUACAGAAGCUUAAUUAAAGACAAUAUUUGAAAAAAAAGGUGAAGUCUCUGAUGUUAAAGUUAUUUUUAAAGGCACUAAGAAUAGAAGGUUCUGUUUCAUAGGCUAUAAGAACGAAUCAGAUGCAAUCAAAGCAAAAGAGCAUUUUGAUAAAACAUUCAUAAUGAUGUCAAAAAUAUCAGUUGAUUUUGCUAAAACUGUAGAUGAUCCUGCCUUACCUAGAGCUUGGUCAAGACAUACUCAAGGAUCAUCAGCAUUUCAAAAAAUUCAUAAAAGUUAAGAACCACCAGUCACAAAAAAAGUAAAAAAAAAUAAAGAAGAAGAGUAAGAUUAAGAAGAACCUAAGAAUGAUUAAAAAUCAAAAAAAUUUUAAGAGUUCUUAGAAUUAAUGAAAACUAAUAAAAAAACAAAUUAAGAGAUAUGUUGGAAUGAUAAUGUGAAUAACUAAGUAGAUGAAAUAUUUGAUAAGAUAGAAAAAGAGAAGCCAAAAGUAGUUUAAUAACCUAAACCAAAUACAUUAGCUAAUGUAAAUGAAAGAAGAUUAUAUGUUACUAAUAUACCAUAUACAAGUACAGAAUAGGAAUUAAGAACUGUAUUUGAAAAGUAUGGUACUGUUUCUAGUUUAAAGAUACCAAAAUAAAGAGGAGGAUCACUUUCUGGUUUUUGCUUUGUGGAGUAUCAAUUACCAGAAGAAGCUGUCAGGGCAUUUAGUGAAUUAGAUAAUAAGAUUGUUUUGGGAAGAAUAUUUCAUGUUAGACCUGCAUUUAAAGAUGAUAAAGAAGAACAAUUAAAAUAAGAAUAAUAAUUGAAAUAAGAGAAAAUGAUUGGAGAAGAAAAAUCAUCAUAUAAAAAGUUUAAGAAAUAAUAAAUGCUUGAGAGGCUUAAUGAUACUACAUCAUGGAAUACAUUAUUUUUAAAUCCUAAUACAAUAAUUGAAGGAAUUUGUAAGAAAUAUUCAUUGGAUAAGAAAGAAAUCUUAUCAGAAGAAAAUGAUGAUAUGGCAGUUAAGAUGGCUUAAAUGGAAACAUAAGUUAUCAAAGAAACUAAAGAUUGGCUUAAAAGUGUUGGUUUAAAUAUUGAUUUUUUAAAAGUUGAAAAGAAUUAAUGUGAAAGAUCUAAUAUUACUAUAUUUGUUAAAAAUAUUUAAUUUAGAGUUAAUGAAACAGAUUUAAAUGAACUUUUUUCAAGAUAUGGUUAAGUGAAUAAAGUUUUUCUUGCACCAAAUAGAUCAAUAGGUAUUGUUACUAUGUAGGAUGAUAAGUAAGCAACAAAUGCUUUUACUAAUUUAUAAAAUUAUAAAUUUAAAGGAUCAAUUUUAUAUUUAGAAUGGGCUCCAACAACUUUAAUGGGAGAAAUGAAUAAAAUUAUUGAAGUAAAUCCAUAAAUAGAAGAAUAAGAAAAUGAAUUAACUAGAAUUCUUUAUGUUAAGAAUAUUAAUUUUAGUACAACUGAAAAAACUUUACUUAAAUUUAUGUCAUCAAAAGUCAAUGACAUUAAGAAAGUGACAAUUAUUAAUAAAGAAGGAGUUUCUUAAGGUUAUGGAUUUAUUGAAUUUGAUAAACCAGAAUCUGCUUAAAAAGCAUUACGUCUAAAUAAUUUAAUUUUAGAUGAUCAUUUAUUAUAAUUAAGUUAAAGUAAACCUAAACCAAAAUAAGGUAUGAAUUAAUAAUAAUAUAUUUUAUAGAUUAAAAUAAAAGAAAAUAAAAAUAAGAAAUUGAACCUACAAAUAAAUUAUUAAUUAAAAAUUUACCUUUUGAAGCUAAUGCCUAAGAAUUAAGAAGACUAAUUAAAUAAUAUGGAGAACUUAAAAAAUUAAGAUUACCUAAAAAAUUAGAUGGAAGUAUAAGAGGCUUUGCAUUUGCUGAAUUUCUUAAUAACGAAGAAGCUUAAAAUGCAGCUGAGUCUUUAUAAAAUACUCAUUUUUAUGGAAGAAGAUUAGUUAUUGAAUAUUCAAAAGAAGAGUGAC